CGUAUAGACGUCAUGACGCAGGACGCGGAAGUGGCGGCGCAGUAGACGGCGGUGAGGAGAAGUUGAGGAGACGACAGACUUUCUUCUUCUUCUUCUCUUUCUUCUUCUUCUCCUGUUUUAUUUUUUAGUUUCUUGUUUUUGAGCCAAAUCGGAGGAAAAGAAGUAGAAGAAACACCGGAACCUCCGCAACCAUGGACCACAUGAACCAUAUGAACCACACCGCCAUGGAGAUGGACCACACCCACCACCAUCAACACACCAUGGCUCCGCCCACCGACGGCGGCCAUGACCACGGAGGCGGAGGAGGGCUUGAUGGGAAGUGUGGUGGACACGGAGGGAUGGCGAUGACCUUUUACUUCGGCUACAACAACGUGGAGCUGCUGUUCACCGGACUGCUCAUCAACUCUCCUGGAGAGAUGGUGGGAGCGUGUAUUGGUGUCUUCCUAUUGGCCAUCCUGUACGAGGGGCUGAAGAUCGGCCGCGAGGCGCUGCUGCGGCGCAGUCAGGUCAACGUGCGCUACAACUCGAUGCCGCUGCCCGGGGCUGAUGGGACGGUACUGAUGGAGACGCACAAGACGGUCGGGCAGCGGAUGCUAAGCCCCGCCCACUUCAUGCAGACGCUGCUACACAUUUUUCAGGUGGUCGUCAGCUACUUCCUGAUGCUCGUCUUCAUGACCUACAACGGCUACCUCUGCAUCGCCGUGGCAGCUGGCGCCGGCAUGGGCUACUUCUUGUUCAGCUGGAGGAAGGCCGUGGUUGUUGAUAUCACCGAGCACUGCCAUUAGCUUGUUAGCCCGUUAGCUCGCGUGCUAGUUAGCUUCCUGUCAUGAGGUUCGAUUAUUGCUGAUCACAAUCGAUGAACGCUAGCCAAUGUGCUAAUGGAGCGCGAGACACUAAACUACAAACAGCUGUUACUCGGUGACCACGGUAACCACGCUAAAACCUCGUUAUACGUUAACAUGCACACUAACGACUGUAGUUAGCCGGAAAACGACUCAUCGCACUUAUUGUGUGUCUUUUCUGCCACAGACAUCUUUUUCUUCAUCAAUUUCUUUUUUUGGGGGAACAUCUGCAGGUGGGCGAACCAACCAAUCACAGCUCAGAUCACCUCGGAUGUCUUUGAUUGGCCAAAUCAGCUUGUUCUGUCUUUAUUUCCUCGUUAGUGCCAUGUCAACUGGAAGGUUAGCUCUAGCUGCUACUAGCCAAAACGUUAGCAAACAUAGCUUACAUACACUUGUUAUUUUAGUUAGCAUUGUUAGCGGUUCAGAGGAGCAACCAAUCACAGAACAGCAUUUAAACAGUAUAAUUUAUUAGGGAAUAGAUGUUUUAUUAACGUUUCUUUUAGAUUCUUUGUUUAUAUGAUGUAUAAAAUAUAUCACCUGAUUAUUUUUCUUUUCUACAUUUUUCUUUUGAAACAAAAUAAACUCAGCAUGAAACCAGCUGUUAGCCUGAAUUUCAUAAAAGUAUAAAUUUAUAAAUGUAUCUUUAAUUGCUGAGCUGUUCAGAAGAGCCAAUCAGAGUUCAGAUGUUUCACAAAAUGCUUAUUUAGAUUUUUUAAUUUUAGUUAAAGUUUACGUUGUUUUGUUCUUUGAUUAUUUGCCCGGUUUUAUUUUAAAACUAAAAACAUCAUGAAUCAGCCGCCUCUUGAGUUCAUCAGUCAACAUAUUUAGAGAUAAAUUUCAGAAAUGACAUUUUAUAAUCAGUUUUUGUUUGGCCACCGUCGUCCUUAACUGCGACACCUGCUGCCUUAACGUGGCUGAACGUGGAAACGUCCCGACCGCUGCUGACUGGAGGCCAGUGUUUGAUUUUUCGGUGCUGCUGUUCAAUGUCGACAAAACAAAAAAUGUGUCGUUAACAUCGAGGCUCUACUGAUUUCACUUUAUAUCAACUUGAAAACUUUUGUCUCUCUACUUGUUGUCGAGUCUGAGAAUAAAUGUGUUUAUGGAAGCUCGUUUCCACCGGCAACAGGAUCAAUUAUCAGGAAUGAUCAGAAGGACUAAUUCCUAACUUCAGUUAUCCUUUCUUCUGGCUGAAAUGGCCUUCCAUAUUUGUCUUUGUGAUUUAUUGUGAUUUAUUUUUAUCUUUUAUUUUUUACAUCAAGUCGCACUGAGAGGUGGGCGGAGUUUACUUACUGGACCAAUCAGGUUGCAGGGACAGAUUGUGGUUACUGGAUUUCUCUGAGCAAAAUUUUAUUUACAAAAUUUGCAGAAAUUGUGGCUUAAGUUUGAUCUGCAGAUGUUGCACGUGUUGGAUAAAUGACAUUAAGAGAAAGCACAACUACAGAGGCCUGUCUAAAGGUGUCCACAUACUUCUGUCCAUCAGACCAGUUUAAACAGGUUUCAGUGUUUCCUCUCAGUGUGAAUCGUCGUGUUGAUGUUGGUGAAAAAUGAAGUGCGGCUUUAUGAUUAAAACAUGAUGAAAACUGUGUGAAGGAAACUGUUUUACCAGAAUAUUAAAGUGUCAGAUGUUUUAAUUGUUGUGAUAAAUGCUGGAAUCAUUCAAAAAAAAAUAAACAAAAAAAUAAAACAGUUUAUGAAGAAACUCA